CUAAUUUCUAUCUACUCCCUUUUUAUUCAACUGCAACUCUAUCUGUAUUCAUACUAAAAAUUUCCGAACUGUAAUCCCUAAUCCCCUAUUUAAUCUUACUAAUUCACUUUUAUUCUUCUUCUUCUUUCACUCCCUUUUUCCACACACACACACACAGUGAAUAAUGGAAGAACAACUACCAGACCCCAAACGCCGAAAAAUCCAAGGUAUUGUUUUGGACAUCCUUAAAACAGCUGACAUAGAAACAGCAACAGAGUACAGUGUUCGAACCACUGCAGCACAACAGCUUGGUACUGAGAUUUUGAACAUACAAGAGAAGAACUAUAUAAGGCAUGUUGUUGAGUCUUUUUUACUCUCAACAGUUGAAAAACCCACAUUGGAUAAUAAUAGAAGAAUCAGUACAGCAGAAAAAGAGACUAAUAAAGAUUUUGUAGCUGAAGAACAAUUGUCAGCAGACCACCCACCUACUCAACAACAAGAAGCAGAUGGUUCAUUGCCUAAUCCGCAUUUUGUUGAUUCCAAUGAGAAUAAUUGUCGAACUAUUUGUAAGCUGUCAGGCAAGAGGAGUGUCGGGAUUCUUGACAUUCACGGGAAGCCCUUUGUGGCAAUACGUGACUUUUAUGAAAAAGAUGGAAAGCUGGUUCCUUCUUCCAGAGGAAUUAAUUUGAGUGCUCAACAAUGGUCAUCAUUCAGGAGUAGCUUCCCAGCUAUUGUGGAAGCCAUUGCAACGAUGGAGUCGAAAAUAAGAUUGACAACGAGUGAAAAUCAGACUGCAGCAGAGGUGGCUGCUAAUGGAAGAGAACAAAUUCAGACCAAUAUUUCCCAGUCAGUUAACCAUCAAGAGGGGAAGAUUACUGCCGACAGAAAAGAAAACGGAGAUGACGUCUGUAAUUCGGCAAUAAUUACAAACUCUCAGGUGCAGAUGCCUCUUGAGAGGCAACAAACAGAAGCUGGUAUUUCUAAUUCCGCCCCUUGCUUCGCACCUCAGGGACAAAUACAACAGAGUUCUCGUACAACUUCCCUUGCCCAGAGCCUUGUUCCUGUUAAAACUAUUCGUCUUGAUGGAACAAAUUAUUAUUGCUGGAAGCAUCAGAUAGAAUUUUUCCUAAAGCAAUUGAAUAUUGCAUAUGUGCUCAGUGAGCCUUGCCCGAACACUCUUGAAAACCGACAGAAAUGGGUUGAUGAUGACUACCUUUGUUGUCGCAACAUAUCAAACUCUCUAUCCGACAAGCUUUUUGAAGAAUACUCAAAGAAGAACUACAGUGCCAAAGAACUGUGGGAAGAGCUUAGAUCAACUUAUGAUGAGGAUUUUGGAACGAAGAGUUCCGAAGUUAACAAAUAUUUGCAGUUCCAAAUGGUUGAUGGCAUAUCGAUUCUUGAGCAGGUUCAAGAGCUUCACAAGAUUGCCGAUUCUCUCAUGGCAUCAGGAAUCUGGAUAGAUGAGAACUUCCAUAUUAGUGCUAUUAUCGCAAAACUUCCCCCCUCUUGGAAGGACUGUCGUGCAAGGUUGAUGCAUGAAAAUGUUCUGUCUCUCGACAUGUUAAUGCAUCAUCUAAGAGUGGAAGAAGAUUGUCGCAAUCGCUACAAAAAUGAUAAACUUGAGAAGAGAGUUGGAGCACGAAAAAAGGACCUGACAAAGAAGCAGUGCUAUAAUUGUGGCAAGGAGGGGCACAUCUCAAAAUAUUGUACAGAAAGAAACUAUCAAGUCUUUGAGAAGAGCAACGGGAAGGAAAGCGAAACCAUUCCUGUUAUUACAGAAGGUAAGAUUAAUGGGCAGUGCUAUAAUUGUGGCAAGGAGGGGCACAUCUCAAAAUAUUGUACAGAAAGAAACUAUCAAGUCUUUGAGAAGAGCAACGGGAAGGAAAGCGAAACCAUUCCUGUUAUUACAGAAGGUAAGAUUAAUGGGCAGUGCUAUAAUUGUGGCAAGGAGGGGCACAUCUCAAAAUAUUGUACAGAAAGAAACUAUCAAGUCCUUGAGAAGAGCAACGGGAAGGAAAGCGAAACCAUUCCUGUUACAGAAGCUAAGAUUAACGGGCAGUGCUAUAGUUGUGGCAAGGAGGGGCACAUCUCAAAAUAUUGUACAGAAAGAAACUAUCAAGUCCUUGAGAAGAGCAACGGGAAGGAAAGUGAAACCAUUCCUGUUGUUACAGAAGAUAAGAUUAAUGGGCAGUGCUAUAAUUGUGGCAAGGAGGGGCACAUCUCAAAAUAUUGUACAGAAAGAAACUAUCAAGUCCUUGAGAAGAGCAACGGGAAGGAAAGUGAAACCAUUCCUGUUGUUACAGAAGAUAAGAUUAAUGGGCAGUGCUAUAAUUGUGGCAAGGAGGGGCACAUCUCAAAAUAUUGUACAGAAAGAAACUAUCAAGUCCUUGAAAAGAGCAACGGGAAGGAAAGCGAAACCAUUCCUGUUGUUACAGAAGCUAAGAUUAGCAGGCAGUGCUAUAAUUGUGGCAAGGAGAGGCACAUCUCAAAAUAUUGUACAGAAAGAAACUAUCAAGUCUGUGAGAAGAGCAACGGGAGGGAAAGCGAAACCAUUCAUGUUGUCGCAGAGGCUAAGAUUAAUGGGAAGACAGACGGACUUGUAGCGAUUGUUUCUGGUGUUAAGAGCAAUGGGAAGUCUGAUAAAAUUAGUCCUAUGGCUGAGGGACCUUAGAUGGAGCAGUCAGUUCCCUUUGCUUGCUUCACACCCACCCCACCCCACCCCUUUUUUCUCUCUUCAAUUAGUGUAUCAUAGUGAGCAAUAGUCAAAUCUUGUUCAUGCUCAACCGUGAGGAUAAUACUACUCAUACAUAGUCUACAUUGAUAUUCUUCAUGUGCCCAAAUCCUUUACCAGAGAGAAGUUAUUUAACUGCUGUUGGACACUUUGUGAAAUAAUUUGAGUAUCCAAUAGAAAACAUUUGAAACUCUUAUAUAUCCA